CGGCUAUAUAAGUGAAUACAGGCGCCGCCCCUCCGCCCCAGUCACUGAGCCGCCGCCGAGGACUCAGCAGCCUCCCCCUUGAGCCCCCUCGCUUCCCGACGCUCCGUCCCCCCUGCCCGCCUUCUCCCGCCGCCGCCUUCCGCAGGCCGUUUCCACCGAGGAAAAGGAAUCGUAUCGUAUGUCCGCUAUCCAGAACCUCCACUCUUUCGACCCCUUUGCUGAUGCAAGUAAGGGUGAUGAUCUGCUUCCUGCUGGCACUGAGGAUUAUAUCCAUAUAAGAAUUCAACAGAGAAACGGCAGGAAGACCCUUACUACUGUCCAAGGGAUCGCUGAUGAUUACGAUAAAAAGAAACUAGUGAAGGCGUUUAAGAAGAAAUUUGCCUGCAAUGGUACUGUAAUUGAGCAUCCAGAAUAUGGAGAAGUAAUUCAGCUACAGGGUGACCAGCGCAAGAACAUAUGCCAGUUCCUGGUAGAGAUUGGACUGGCUAAGGACGACCAGCUGAAGGUUCAUGGGUUUUAAGUGCUUUUGGCUCACUGAAGCUUAAGUGAGGAUUUCCUUGCAAUGAGUAGAAUUUCCCUUCUGUCCCUUGUCACAAGUUUAAAAACCUCACAGCUUGUAUAAUGUAACCAUUUGGGGUCUGCUUUUAACUUGGACUAGUGUAACUCCUUCAUGCAAUAAACUGAAAAGAGCCAUGC